AUGGGAUCGCUGAAGAAAUCCAUUGCCGAUCGGGGAGGGAGGAGCUCCGUGAAGGGGAGAUACGAGGUGGACAAGAGCUCAAUAUCCGCCACCUUCGCUGUCAACGUCGGUGACCUCAAGCUCAAGGCCUUCAUGACCGACGCCACCUUCGUCCACGGUCCCUCUCUCAACGGCCUCGCCCUUUCCCUCGAGAAGCUUGUCUCCUUCAUCAUCGACCACAACGUCCCCAAGAAGGAUGUAAGGUUUCAGCUCAUGAAUUCGGUGAGGAUUUUGGACAAGACGGUGAGUUUGACCUAUACGUAUGCUCGUGGGGACAAUCGGGUGGGCAUCGAUAGUUCGGUGGCGUUCGAUCUGACGAACAAGGUGUCGAUGAGUUAUGCUUUGGAUUUGGCAAAUUGUAAGGUGAAGUAUGUAUACACCCAUGAGGUGCUAAGGAGGACUGUGCUGGAGCCGUAUUAUGAUGUGUCGAAGAACUCAUGGGAUUUUGCGGUGACGAGAAAGUUUGAAGGGGGUGAUUUAGUUAAGGCUACCUACCAGACAUCAUCGAAGAAUCUCGGGCUAGAGUGGAACAAAGAGAGCCGAGCAAAUGCCAACCAAACGUCCGAUUGGCAAGGAGGGAAGUGUGCAGUUUCAAACAGAGCAUAG